UUCUGAUGUUUUGAUGUAUUUUUUUUAAGGUCCAGUAAAUCAGACAGAGGUCAUAGCAGAGAGGCCACCCAAUAAAACCCACCUCUAAGGCACAACCUGGGGAAUCCAAGAGAAGUAAGAUCAGGUAUGGUUGGUCCCUGCAAUCCUCACUCCGUCCUUACCCAACCCAAGUCUCAAACUACGAACCAGUAAUUAGAGUUGGUAUUCAAAUCCUUAGCCACAGUUCGAGGACGCACCCCAUAAGAACCAAGUCAUCCAAGCGAGCUUCUUUUUUACCCUUGGCAUUGUAGCUGCUUGUCACUCCACUUGCUGGGGAAUUCUUGACGAGAUUUUACUUGUCUUUCAUGCUGUUCUUUCUGUGGUUUCCUCGUUUCUUUUUGUGAUCGAGUUCCAGAUGGCUCAUCAAUGCCUCAAAAAUGAAUAUUUUGACAGUUUGCUGAAUGCUUGCAUAUCGUGUUACCUUCGAUGUUUUUCUAUUAUUCCUGCAAUAUGUGAGAAUUAUUGUAAUUCAGUGAAAGGAUCAAGUACCAUUCUUUGGACCUGUUUCGGCCUGAGCGUGCUACUGUCUUUGGCAGUUUUUGUGCUGGUGUUCUUGCUAAGGAAGAGGCGCUCUCCACCAUUAAAGGAUGAAUUUAAAAGCACAGGAUCUGCUCUGCAGAAGGAGGCUAAUGCUGACAUGGAUGGUAGAAAAGACAGCAGGACUGGUGAGGAGAUUCUUCCCAGAAGCCUGGAGUACACAGUAGAAGAAUGUACCUGUGAAGACUGUGCCAAGAGCCAACCAAACACAGAUUCCGACCACUUCUUUCCACUCCCAGCUAUGGAGGAAGGCGCAACUGUCCUUGUCACCACAAAAACAAAUGACUAUUGCAAUGGCCUGCAAGCUGCUGGGUGUAUCACAAGGAUGGAGAAAUCGAUUUCUACUAGAUAAUUAACCAUCCUGAGUGGUGCAGUGCUACUUUCAAAAUCUUUUGUCAGAAGGAAAGGAUGAUUGUUAUCAGUUACUGAUACAGCUUUUUGCCCUCUAAUCCCAGCAAAUCUUUAUGUUAGAUAUAUUUCUCUAUCUUACUGUUGGGAGCUUAACUGUAGACACUUCAUUGGUUUCAAUGAUUAAAUUCUUGACUCACUGAAGAAAAAUACUGUGAUGCGUAGGUCCCAGAGUCAUGCACUUCUAUGGCUGGACCACUUUCCUCCUAUACAUGCACAUAUGCACUUCAGAACAACUGAAUUUUUCUCUUUAUUGUUAAAGGCAAGCAAGGUUAUUCUAUGCACUUCUGUAGAUAGGAGAACCCCAGAGUCAGCCAUGCUAAUUCAGUGUGCAAUGCAUGGGUAGUUCCUGACCUUGUGAGUUUCCAGCUUAAUGGAGGCCUCAGGCAUUAUUGUAAUAUAGAUAUAUGUAGAAUUACAAACUGUGAUAAAAAAUUACUUGGUAUCAUUUUCAGGCCCAAAUACAGGUGAUAAUGAUAGUUAUCACUUACAUAGUUACUAAUGUGCAGGGAUUGCUCUAAGUGCUUUACCUAUACUAACUUGUUUAAUGCACAAAACAAAUUACAAGGUAGGUGGACCAUUGCCAUCUCCAUUUUAUAGAUUAUGACAGGAACUAAGUCAGAGCAAGGUAACAGAGCCAGUGAAUGGCAAAGCCAUGAUUUAAACCAGACAUCUUGAUCUAUUUCUUUUUUCUCUUCACGUCAACUUAGUUCCAUUUCUGAGUUCUCCAUCUCUUUGGGCUACUAUCUUAGUCACUGUAGGGGGAAGGCUCCUUUCCUGGGGUUAGACAAAGCUCCUUAUGAAAAGGCUGUGCAACAGGGGGUACCCUGUGGUAACCCGUUGAUUUUUUUGAUCAUUGUUAAGGGGCCCACUGGCACCACAGCAUAGAUCCUCAAGGUCUGGGGGCUUUGUGGCUUUUGUGUCAGGUUUGGAAUAUGUGGAAACGUGGUGGGAUUUUUUUUUAACCAUUUGGGGCCCAUCAUGGUUCCAUUCGAGGCCCUUGGGGUUCAGAGGAGAACAAACAAUAUCAUGGUUAAAGCAUUGGCUCUGGAGCCCAGACUGCCUGGGGUUCAAUCCUGGCUGUUACUAGCAAGUUAUAGAACUUUGGUGACUAUAAAAAAGGUACUUAACCAUUUUAUGUUACUCAUGCACAUGUAUAUUUUUUUUUCCAUAAAACUGUCUGGUUCAUAAUAAGUAAUUUGGUUAGUUACUUUGCUAUGAUGGUUUUUAUUAGUCCCUUUGAGGUCAGGACUCCCUAAAGGCAGGCACACACAUUACUUUUCUGUUAUAUUGUUCCUAGCUGCUCCUUGUCCCCACAUGCCCAGUACAACCUCUCCCAUAAAUUUGGAUGUUUCCAAAGUUUACAUUAGGCUUUUGAUUCUUGACUUCCAUGACCAGGCUAACAUCUCGGAGAGAAGUAAUUACAACACCUGAAGGGGAUGGUUGGUGGUAGAAACCAAAAAACACAAACUAUAAUUUCAAUAAUUUGUCCUGCGUCAAGCGAAAUGAAGAAAAGGUGCAGGGUGCUAUGGGACAGUAUAGCACAGUCAUCCUCCAGACAGCUCCAUGAAGCACGUAUGUGAUGUCUUACCAAAGCUUACAGAGGCAGGCUGACCUACAUUGGGCUUUCUAGGGGUGGAUUCAGGCACACCCACUCUUGAACUAGAAUAACAAAUUAACAAUUGUCAAGUAUAAUUUUGAAAAUGGGAAAAACAACCCUAUUAACCAAACACACAAGUAUUUUCAUUAAAAAUGGGAAAAAGUAAAAAAUGUCUACAGUUGACACAUCCUAUUAGUUGUAGGUAUACAAUGUGGUGAUUAGACAUUCAGAUAACUGACAAAGUGAUUACCCUGAGAAGUCUAGCACCCAUCUGACAAAUAUUUUCAUUUUUACAUUCCCUUACACAUGGCUGUAUUUUGACACCAUUGUACUCAUGGUUUACAGACUUUUUUGCACGGGGCUUU